AUGGCUUUAUGGAACAUAACCGAUAAGAGUCCAGAAGUUUGUUGUCGUCUUACUGUUUCGAACAUUCACCGCAUCCUAUUCGAAUUAAUUAACCGCCCUGAACUAAUGGCCCCUACAUGCUGGGUCUCUGCGAAGGCCAGAACGCUUGUUCACUGUUCCAUCGGAAUUCUCUAUAAUAUAAUAAAACAUUCCCCAUGUGUAAGGCGUGACUACCGGCAGUUUAAUGGAGUCAGUAUUCUUGUUGCUUUUACUGCGGACGCAACUAUCUGUAAAAAGACGCCCCAGAAUGAAGUACUCUCCUGCCGAACUGCCGCCUUGUUUCUGUUAGCUGCGAUUGUGGAUGAAAAAGAAAAUGCGAAAAUUCACGCAACGGAUACCCAUCUUGUUCACGCCCUUGCCAUGUUGAAGGAUGCAUUAGACUCUUCUCCGACUUAUUUUUCCUCUAGCCAUGGCUACCACGCCACUGAAAUUAUUCGAAGUUUGAACAAACUUGCAAGCCCAGACAGCAACAAACGAAUCCUAGUGAAGAAAAAAGCCUUUGAUCUGGCAAAGUAUGCUUUGCAGAUUGCCAAAGAUUUGAAGAAACGCCAGGAAGGCGAAAAGGUUGACUCUACAGAUAGUACUACUGAAAAAGCCUAUAGCUACGUAUCAUGUGACUCUCUGGCAGCAAUGACAAUUGAGCUAAUUUGGCAGCUCAGCUUUGUCGCUGAAAGCCGUGAGUACCUUUCACCGUCUUCGGAAUUGAAGCUUUUUUGUGAAAGCUUUGGUGACAAGUCGUGGUCCUCAGAAUGUCAAAAAUCCGUUCAAGGACUUCUAUGGAAUUUAAGUUCACAAACUGAAGGUAUACACUCAGCGGACCUCUCGGCUACAUUUGGCCAACCCAUCCGACGGCCAGAUGGCCAUAUAAUGAUAAGUUACCAGCACUCAACCCAGUCAACAAUGGUACGAUUGAAAGAGGAGCUUGUGAAACUUGGUUAUAAAGUUUGGAUCGAUGUUGAUCACAUGUCUCACGGAUCAUUUGUGGAUGAAAUGGCCGAGGGUGUUGAGGGUGCUUCUGCAUUAAUACUGGGUCUGUGUCAGGCUUUUAAGGAUUCGCCUCACUGUCGCCAGGAAAUGCGUUACGCCUAUGAGCAGAGAGUGCCUUUCUAUCCGAUUCUGUUGGAAGAGGACUACAAGCCUGAUGCUCCAUCACACAAAAGUUUUGACUCUUUUGACAACUCAACCCCUUCGGUGCCCAUGGAAUCUCGGAGCUUGUGCGAAAAUCCGACGCUCACUCUCAAUAAUACCAACCAUUCAUGCGUCUUCUUUGGUGGCCAAACACCCCACGCGUUUGAAAUGAUUGGCACCCACGUUAAAUCCCCCAACGGCAAUUGGCUGUUAAAGCCCACGGGAUCCACCUCAGCUACGGAGUCAAUCAGGAAUGCUUUCAUGGAGGCAGGUUCAAUGUACAAGUCGCCCAACAGUUCCAUCAUCAAGAUCGAUUCUCAGGAAGGCCUCCCACCCAGCUUCAUCCGCAACUGGUCUGCGGGGCAAGUGGCCAAGUGGCUCACAGAAUGCAACCUCUCCAAGUUCACUGAGGCCCUCGACGGCUUGGACGGCUGUUUGCUGUGGGAGCUAGCUCGCCAGAGGAUUGUCGCACCAGAGAGUUUUUGUGCCCAACUGCGUUCGGACCUCGGCAUGACCCUUAUUGAGCGUCUGCGCUUCAGUCAUGCCCUUUCCCAGCUUUCGGAUUUGCAUGAAGAUUAA